GAGUCGGGGUUGCAGCCCAGCAUCGUCUCCCUCACUGCUGCUGUCACGGCUUGUGCUGCAGGCGACAAGUGGCAAGCAGCGAUCCUGCUUGCAGCUUCGCCAGCAUCUCCGACGAACGCAAAGCCAGCCGCAGCUGCUUGCAAUGCUGCGAUUUCCGCUUGUGGCAGCUGCGCGAAGUGGCGAUAUGAGCGGGCCUCUGACGGCUUGGCGUCCAUGUACCUGAUGGGUUCCAAGGAUCUUGUAAACUUCGUGCGCCUUGUGGCUCAGCAGCGGGUUCUCUGUGUAUGCGAUUUUUCGAAGCCGGGCUCGGCCAUGGAGGAUUCCUUCCAGCGGCACCUCGAGGCACUAAAUGCGGUAUAUGAGCAGGUGAUCUUGGAAAAUGCCCAACUCCGCAAGCAGCUGGGACAGGCACCCGAGUUCGGAGAUCUCCGGCAGCUCACUCAAAGUGGCUCCAUGCCUCCGUUGCCACCAAUGGCGACCGUGUCCACUCUAAAUCUCCAGGAGAGCACAGUGCAGCUUCCAGGGGCUUUGUGUGACAGUGAGAAGCUGAGCCCACAAAUCUUGGAAGGCGAUCCCAUUGAACCUCCCGGUGAUGGUGCUAAGGGGGACACGAACGAAGACUCUGCAAGCUGCAAUGGCGAUAACGCGCCGUCGCUGCCAGAAACGCCCCGACCGCCUGCUUCCAGCCCCCCGAAGAUGACCGACCACAUGAAGUCUUUGAAAUCUAGGGCAUCCCGGCGCAGCAGCUUCUUGCGAAACUCAUUGAGGACUAACGACUCGGACGAGGAGACGGAGGAUGAUGCAACCUUCCUGCUGAUGCUCGACGUCGUCCCGUCCAUUGUCAUAUUGAUAAGCGCGGUAGUCGCAGGGUUCAGCCAAGACAUCUCGCCUGACCAUGGAGUUUGGGUCGCCUUGGAGAUGGCCUUCACCUUGUUCUUCGUAGGCGAGAUCGUGGUGAAAAUCCGGGUUUUCGGCUUGAUAGAAUAUAUAUGGGGGGCAGACUGGUACUGGAGUUGGUUCGACGUCAUCUGCGUCGUACUGGCAAUCGUGGACCUGUCCUUGAACUUAUCGGCGGCGGCUAAAGGCGAGGAGAAUGACACUGGCGCUCUCAGUUCUCUGAAAAUGCUGAAGCUGGCGCGUUUAGGGCGCAUUGUGCGCUUGUUAAAGUUCAAGAUCUUCCAGGAACUGAAGCUCAUGAUUCAAGGUGUCUUCACUGGACUGCGCGUGCUCUUCUGGGCGGUCGUGCUGCUCGUGGGAUGUAUGUACUUGCUCGGGGUGGUGACUAGGACCAUAUUCAGUGAUUACGCCGAGUUUUCAACAGUUCCGAUCGCCAUGCUCACCAACUUCCGUUGUUUCACCGAUGGAUGUGUGGCGUUCGAUGGCACUCCGCUACAGUGGAAGCUCGAACAGGAGUUUGGUGGGCCCUUCAUGAUCGCGUACAUUCUGCUGUUCCUUUUCGUCACCAUUGGGAUUUUCAAUCUGAUAAUGGCAGUGUUCAUCGACAACGUUACCGAUGGCAGUACCAAGAAGAGACAACGGGAGCUGGGACAGAAUGCACCGAAGACGGCAUUCAUCAUCUCCGAUGCAUUGAGACACCUGAUAUUGACGAGCAUUUUGCGAAAAGAGGCUGAGAGCGAGGCAGCUGAGAUGGAGAGGAAAGGGCGCCCUCGGCGUGUGUCGAAGAUUUUGAGGGAGAAGAUGCUGGGUCUGAAAGAGAUGUAUGGUUACAAGCCGCAUAGCGCAAGCGAGUACGACGAGCUCACUUCCAAGAUCCGGGCUGACAUGAUGGAGAGGAACAUCGUUGUCACGAAGGACGAGUUCAACCAUUGGCUUCACACCGAAAAGGCCCUUUUGGAAACCCUUGACGACUGCGAGAUCGACUUGUCUUGCAAGUUUGACUUGUUUGAUGUCCUUGACGCAGAUCUGUCGGGCGAGCUGGAGUUUGAAGAGAUGAUUGAUGGCUUGUUGAAGUGUCGCGGCCCCGCAUCCAAGACGGAUAUCAUUGCAAUCCGUCUCAAGACCAGACUGCUGGUGCGAAUGAUGAACCGCGUGUGCGAAAAGCUCGGCAUUGAGGCCGAGGACUAG